AUGCUGUCGUUGCGUCUGGCAACGUCAUUACGUCACUGCGGAGCAUCAGUAGUGCGUCGAGCUCCCAUUCUUUUGUUGAAACCAUGUAAAGGCACAAACAGGCCACAUUCAAUCCGGUUACUCCAAGUCGCAUGUGGUGCUACUGUCUACGCAGUGAUCAAUCUCAGACGUGUACGAUGUGAAGCUCUUCUGGAGAAUCCAUGGCUUCUUACCCCGCACGUGAAUGAUCCUGUGAAUGUAUCCGAGAAGAGGCCAAUUUUGGAGCAACGCUCGAUCUUCAUUCAAAUUAUCCAAUUACCAUGGUACAUGCUAAGUGGUGGUUGGGAGAUUCUACGAAGGACCUUGAGGUGCUUAGCGCUAGCUUUCCGGUUUUUACCGUUAGUUGCAACUUAUCCGCUAGCAAAUCGUUUUGAUAGAUUCAAUGAGUUAUGGUGGACAUGUGUUCUCAUUGCAAUACAGGUGCGAUAA